AUAUGUUAUCGAGUCUUUGCCUUGUUAACACCCGUUUGUAUCUCUUGAUCUCAAGGUCAACUAUAACAGUUAUCCUGUAAAAUUUUGAAUUGUAUCUUACCAAAACUUUGCCUUGUUGACACCUUUUGUAUCUCUUGAUCACAACGUCAAGAACAGUUUGGUUCGUUUUUCAGCUUAUUUUGGCUUUAGGAUGUCAUGCAGUCUUAGUCUCCGAUGUUUUCUUAAUAAGUUAUUUUCUCUUUAAUUCAUUCAUUUCUGUCAAUGAAUAUUAUAUAUAAAUGGGGUUCACGAUAUUGGGUAUGAUUGAGAAAUGCUUACCUGACCACCAUUUAUUUUCUCUAAGGAAAUUUAAAUUUAAAUUAACCGUGAGCAACAAUGAAACCGUUCGAGAGCUCAAAACCUGACCCUGAGCUCAAACUCACACGACCCAACAAUGGAGACUAUCCCGAAGGUGAUGAUGCUAAACUCCAUCCCUCCUCGCUUAAAUAUGUGGAGAAUGACCUGCCGGCGGUGUAUAAGCCAGGUGGUUCUCAGCCUGCUCUGAAGCUGCUCACAGACUUGAGGAUUACAAUCGUAGAGGCCUUAUUCCCUGAUGACCCCUUGCGCCAUUUCAAGCGCAAGCCUAAAUCCCAGAAAUUCAUACUAGGUUUACAGGCAGUCUUUCCUGUGCUUGAAUGGGGAAGACAUUACACGUGGUAUAAGUUCAAGGGAGACCUGUUGGCAGGUUUAACAAUUGCAAGCCUCUGCAUUCCUCAGGAUAUUGGAUAUGCCAAAUUGGCUCACGUGGAGCCUCAAUAUGCUCUUUACACCAGCUUUGUAACCCCCUUGAUAUAUGCUGCUAUGGGGAGCUCCAGAGAUAUUGCAAUUGGGCCAGUAGCUGUUGUUUCUCUCUUGUUGGGCACAUUGAUCAGGAAGGAAAUAGAUGAUAUUAAUUCAGCUAAUUACUACCAACUUCUAUUCACAUCAACAUUUUUCGCUGGCAUUUUCCAGGCAAUACUUGGAAUCUGCAGGCUUGGUUUCCUGGUUGACUUUCUAUCCCAUGCAUCUAUUGUUGGCUUCAUGGGAGGUGCUGCCAUUACAAUUUCACUACAACAGCUGAAAGGAUUUCUUGGCAUAAAUAAUUUCACCAAGAAUGCGGAUAUGAUCUCUGUAAUGAAGUCUGUAUGGGGUUCUGUUCAUCAUGGAUGGAACUGGCAGACUAUUUUGAUUGGAGCAUUUUUCCUGAUGUUUCUAAUGACUGCAAAAUUUAUUGGUAAGAAAAGCAAGCAACUUUUCUGGGUUCCUGCUGUGGCUCCACUGAUCUCAGUCAUUUUGUCUACUCUCAUUGUUUUUCUUACGCGCGCAGACAAACAUGGUGUGAAAAUUGUAGGACAUGUUAAAAGAGGAAUAAACCCAAGUUCAGCAAAUAAAAUUGCUUUAAAGAGUGCCCUUCUUCCAAAAGGUGCUAAGAUUGGUUUCGUGGCAGCUUUGAUUGCUCUGACGGAAGCUAUUGCAAUAGGAAGAACAUUUGCUGCUUUAAAGGAUUAUCAUUUGGAUGGAAACAAAGAAAUGAUAGCGAUGGGGAUUAUGAAUAUGGCUGGUUCAUUGACUUCGUGCUAUGUUGCAACAGGCUCCUUCUCACGCUCAGCAGUAAACUAUAAUGCAGGCUGCCACACAGCAGUUUCUAAUGUUGUUAUGUCAAUCAUAGUUCUACUUACACUUUUAGUGCUUACACCACUUUUCCACUAUACUCCAAAUGCAAUCUUAGCUUCCAUUAUCAUCUCUGCAGUCAUGAGUUUGAUUGACAUCAAGGCAGCAUAUCUCAUCUGGAAAAUUGAUAAACUUGAUUUUAUUGCCUGUAUGGGAGCCUUUCUGGGUGUAGUAUUUGUCUCCGUUGAAAUUGGUCUCUUGAUUGCAGUUGCUCUUUCCUUUGCAAAAAUUCUUGUACAUGUGACAAGGCCCCAUACAGCUUUACUUGGGAAAAUUCCAGGAACAAAUAUAUUCAGGAACACUGAACAAUAUCCAUCAGCUGCUACUAUCCCUGGGAUUCUUGUUGUGCGCAUUGAUGCUUCAAUUUACUUUACAAAUGCAAAUUACAUCCGAGAGCGUAUUUUAAGAUGGGUAGAUGAUGAAGAAGAGAAAUUCCAGGAGAAAGGUGAAAUGAGACCACGAUCUCUAGUCAUUGAAAUGUCUCCUAUAAUUAAUAUAGAUACUAGUGGAAUCCAUGCCCUGGAGGAACUCCAUAAAACCCUAAAAAAACGUAACAUACAGCUAGCACUUGCAAAUCCAGUGAAAAUUGUACUUGACAAGCUUCAUGCAUCCAAAUUCAUUGAUGAACUAGGGGAGGAAUGGAUUUUCCUCACAGUUGCAGAGGCUGUACAAACUUGUUCAGAUCGUCUGAAACUUUAAUUCUGAAGAAAAUACAAGAAGGGGAUGCUCAUCAACCACUUGUGGGCAUCGAUGGAUGCUGUUCCAGAUUGAAAAAGAAGAGUAGAAUCUGUCUAUAUUAAAUCUCCUUGUUUCAUGCUUAAAAUCUUCUCUCUCUUUUUUCAUUUUGCUUGUCUACAUUUACAAUAUAUCAUAAAUAUGUUUGUGGCAACAUAAUAAGUGUUCUGAUCCUAUAACAAAACAGUCCGAAAGCAAACCUGUUCAACAAAUCAUUGACAGUUCAGCACACUGUAAAUAUGUUGUAAAAAU